AUGUCUUUGACUUCUAGCCUAUGUGGCCAUUUCGUACUCCUAUGCCUCGGCUUACUUCUUAUGCUACGCCCUGGACAAGCAUACGAAGGACUCACUGAUGAGACAUUGAAGGCAUUGCCACGACCGAGUCAAGAAUUUGAUAUUCAUAAUGGUGCUAUUUUGUCUCCUAUCCUUCAGACCCGGGUCCCUGGCACCCCCGGCCACGAUGCGGUCCUCGAUCAUCUAGUCAACUACAUCCGAACGACCGUGCCCAAAUGGGAGCUCGAGCUUCACAAUUCUACGUCGAAAACACCUGUAUCUCAUGGUAAAGAGGUACCGUUUGUCAACAUUAUCGCAUACCGUGAUCCUCCAGGCGCCCCGGUCGGAGACGUUGAACGUCUCACAUUAGUCGCACACUAUGACAGCAAGUUGACACCAGAGGGUUUUAUCGGCGCCAUUGAUAGUGCCGCGCCAUGCGCGAUGAUAAUGCAUGCAAUGCGCACUAUCGACGCCGCGCUGGAGAAGAAAUGGGCUGCCAUGCGGGAGAAGGGGAUGGACCCUGCAUUCGAGGAAGAGGGUGGAAUCCAGGUGCUUUUCCUUGAUGGCGAAGAAGCAUUCGAGCAAUGGAGCAGUACUGACUCUCUUUACGGUGCCCGCUCUUUGGCAGAAACCUGGGAACAAGAAAUGAACCCAGCCAUGUCCACAUUCAAAACAAAAUUAUCCUCUAUUUCACUCUUCGUUCUGUUGGAUUUGUUGGGUUCCAAGAGUCCCAAUAUCAUGUCCUUCUACCAGACUACUCACUGGGCCUACCAAAAUAUGGGUAAUCUGGAACAACGCUUGAGGUCAUUGGGCCAAUUUAAGUCCUCGUCAACCGACCCAUGGUUCAUUGAUACAUCCAAAAAUUCGAAGCAGGUCGUUUCCCAGGGUGGUAUCCAAGACGACCACAUUCCUUUCCUGGCGCGAGGCGUAGAUAUUUUGCAUGUUAUCGACUUUGUGCCAUUCAAGGGAUUUUCGUCCGUGUGGCAUACUAUAGAUGAUGAUGCAGAGCAUCUGGAUAUGAAUACGGUGGAGGACUGGACCCUACUUAUCACCGCUUUUACUGCGGAAUGGAUGGAAUUGGAAGGUUUCCUUGGUCAUUCAGGAACUGUGAAAGCUCGCAGGGACGAGGACCUUGACGAGGAAGCCAUCCGUCUGAACAGGAAGACCGAGUUGUAA